CCCGGCGCUGACUGGCCCCCGCGGCAGUGCCGGGAACGGGCUCCCACAAUCCUCUGCGCGCGGGGCUCGUCUUCGUCGUCCCCGCCCACGACGCCUGGCUGGGGAGGACCCGGAGCAUGAGGGUCCCAGGUCAGUGUCACCUGACGAAGGGUACCUUGGACAUCAAAGUAAACAUUUUCUUGUCUGAAGAUCAUUGUCAUUAAUCUUUACCAUGGCAUCUGGAACUGAGUCAGUUAUGUUUAAAGAGUUUUGCCCCUUAUACUAUCUCCUCAGUGCCAUUCCAGCUAAGAUCCAAAAGGGCUUUCGCUCUAUUGUGGUUUACCUCACAGCACUUGACACCAACGAGCACUAUAUUGCAGUGGGCAGUAGCAUUGGGAUGCUCUAUCUUUACUGCAGACAGUUAAAUCAGAUGAAAAAAUACAAUUUUGAGGGGAAAACUGAAUCUAUAACAGUUGUUAAACUCUUAAGCUGCUUUGAUGAUCUUGUGGCAGCUGGCACAGCCUCAGGCAGGGUUGCAGUCUUUCAGCUUGUGUCUUCAUUGCCUGGGAGAAAUAGACAGCUUCGGAGAUUUGAUGUAGCUGGUAUUCACAAAAAUAGCAUUACUGCUUUGGCUUGGAGUCCCAAUGGCAUGAAGUUAUUCUCUGGAGAUGACAGAGGGAAAAUUGUCUUUUCUUCUUUGGAUCUUGACCAGGGAGUCUGCAACUCCAGCUUGGUAUUAGAAGAACCAUCUUCAAUUGUGCAGCUGGAUUAUAGCCAGAAAGUUCUUCUGGUCUCUACCUUACAGAGAAGUCUGCUUUUUUACACUGAAGAGAAAUUGGUCAAGCAAGUUGGAACCCAACCAAGAAAAAACACAGGGAAAUUUGGAGCAUGUUUUAUUCCUGGGUUGUGCAAGCAAAGUGACCUCACGUUAUAUGCUUCAAGGCCUGGGCUACGAUUGUGGAAGUCUGAUGUCCAUGGAACGGUGCAGGCAACAUUCAUCUUAAAAGAUGUAUUUGCUGGAGGAGUGAAACCUUUUGAACUGUAUCCUCGACUUGAACCAGCUGAGAAGGGAAGUUGCCCAUUAUCGGAGAAACACCUAGGGCUUGUGUCAUGCUUCUUUCAAGAUGGCUGGGUAUUGAGCUGGAAUGAGUAUAGUGUUUAUUUAUUAGACACUAUAAAUCAGGCUACAAUUGCUGGUUUGGAAGGUUCAGGUGAUAUUGUAUCUGUAUCCUGUACUGAAAAUGAAAUAUUCCUAUUAAAGGGAGAUAGGAACAUUAUAAGAAUUUCGAGCAGACCUGAAGGAGUUGGAUCAAUAGGUAGAGAUGGCACAGAAAUCUUGGGAUAUCCUGAGAAAAUCCACCUGCAAAGUUUGGAUAAGCUAGGGACCUUUAGUAGUGAAACCAGAAACAGAGGCUCAUCUGUCACCAGUGAAUCAAGAAGUCGGAGUAGUUCUGUGAACUCUAUAGAUAGCAGUUCUAGCUUCCUGACAGCAGGAGACCAAGGUUCCUCUGAAGUAUUGAAAGAAAGCCAGGCUUCUCACAGGUUCAGUGUAAUUAGCUGUGAAGACUUUGACCAAGAACUUAUUGUGCAGCCCAUUAAAGUGAAAAAGAAAAAGAAAAAGCAAGAAGGCGGGACCAAGAAAACACCGAGUUCCCUUGAAGGAACUCCAUGUUAUGAGCAUCCGUUUUCUGAUGAAAGUCCUCACUCAACAACCACAGACCAGUGUUCCAUGACCUCAAGUUUUCUGGACAGCAGUCUAGAUCAGACAAAUACAGAUUCUCCUGAUCAGCAGAGCAUUUUACAGGAAAAUAAUGACUCUGAAACCUUUAGUGUUCUUGAAGUGUCAGAAUCUACCCCAGACUUAUUGGAUUUAGAAAAUGAGAGUAAAAAUGAAGUGCUAAAUUACAACCAUGAAAGUGGAACGGACACAGAUAAUUUAGUAUGUGAUCUACCUGUACUCCUGACUGAAGAAGUAGAAGUUGAUGAUAUACCAGAACUCAAACCCAGACAUUUUCUUGUGAAUAAUGAGCAAAAUAGUCAAGAGUCUUCCAACCAAGACCAAGAUGACUUUACUGAAUUACAAAAAGCAGAUGAAACAGUACAUGAACUGAAAAUUCAAGAUGCUGAAAGCACUUUUUCUGAAAAAAACUGCUCAGGUACACAAACAGUGCCUUCAAGUCCUAAUACCCUACCAAGUGCUGAAAAGUUGCUGCCUGAGAAAAGAAGUGAUGAAAACUGGGUAGAGAUGCCAGGGAUGCAGGAAGAUUUUUCAGUGAAUGUGACUCUAGAAAACCUCAGCUUGAAUUCCUACCAUAGUCUCUUAAAAGAUAAUAUUGUUGAUCAGCAGAAAAAAAUUGUGCUUUCUAAAUUUGAUUUUAGAGCAGAAUCAUGUCCUCAAGUGUCUUCUUCAGCACCCAUUAUCCAUGAAACUAAGAUUGAACAGUCCCUGCAAGAGCAAGUGUUAACAUCCAGUGAUGAAGAGGACAUUUAUGCUCGUGGUCUGCCUUAUUCAUCAUCUGAAGCUAGCGUAGCUGAACUUGGUGGUAGUCUUUCUUUCCAGGAUGUGGCCAAAGCAAAUCUUGAGGAAACAGUAUUGUUAAAAUCAGAUCAGUUUGCAGAAAGCUGGAUGGGAUACUCUGGCCCUGGCUAUGGAAUCCUAAGCCUUGUGGUUUCGGAGAAGUAUAUCUGGUGCCUGGACUACAAAGGUGGACUGUAUUGUAGCGGUCUCCCUAGUGCUGGAAUACGGUGGCAAAAAUUUGAAGAUGCAGUCCAGCAGGUGGCAGUCUCUCCUUCAGGUGCACUUCUCUGGAAGAUUGAACAGAAAUCUAACAAGGCAUUUGCCUGUGGGAAAGUAACUAUCAAAGGAAAGCGGCACUGGUAUGAGGCCCUGCCACAAGCUGUUUUUGUAGCUUUAAGUGAUGACACUGCUUGGAUUAUUAGGACUAAUGGAGAUUUAUACUUACAAACAGGUUUGAGUGUGGAUCGUCCUUGUGCCAGAGCUGUGAAGAUUGACUGCCCAUAUCCCCUUUCCCAGAUCACAUCUCGAAACAAUGUGGUAUGGGCAUUAACUGAACAAAGGGCGCUUCUGUAUCGAGAGGGAGUGAGCAGCUUCUGUCCAGAAGGGGAACAAUGGAAAUGUGACAUUAUAAGUGAAAGGCAAGCUUUGGAACCUGUGUGUAUAACUCUUGGAGAUCAACAAACCAUAUGGGCUUUGGACAUCCAUGGAAAUCUCUGGUUCAGAACUGGUGUUGUUUCCAAGAAACCUCAAGGAGAUGAUGACCAUUGGUGGCAAGUAGGCAUUCAGCUAUCAGUGAGCAUCACAGAUUAUGUGGUGUUUGACCAGUGCAGCUUAUUCCAGACAAUAAUUCAUGCCACACACACAGUGGCAACAGCUGCGCAGGCCCCUGUGGAGAAGGUGGCAGACAAGCUUCGAAUGGCAUUUUGGUCACAGCAGCUUCAGUGCCAGCCGAGCCUGCUUGGUGUCAACAAUAGUGGUGUUUGGAUCUCGUCAGGCAAGAAUGAAUUCCAUGUAGCAAAAGGAAGUCUAGUAGGGACGUAUUGGAAUAAUGUUGUUCCACGUGGUACUGCUUCAGCAACAAAAUGGGUGUUUGUGUUGGCUUCUGCUGCUCCUACUAAAGAAGGAAGCUUUUUGUGGUUGUGCCAGAGUGCCAAGGAUCUGUUUUGUGUGAGUGACCAGAAUCCGCAAUUCCGUCCUUCUACAGUCCAGCUUCCUCCUGAUACUGAAAUGAGAGCAUACUCUGCCUGCCAAGACGCCAUAUGGGGCUUAGAUAGUUUUGGACAAGUGUUUAUCAGAACACUGUCCAAAAGUUGCCCAACAGGAAUGCAUUGGAUGAGGCUGGACCUUUCUCAGCUAGGUGCUAUAAAAUUAAUCAGUUUGUCAUGUGGAAACCAGCACAUCUGGGCCUGUGAUUCCAGGGGUGGAGUUUACUUCCGAGUAGGAACCCAGCCUCUAAAUCCCAGUUUGAUGCUUCCAGCAUGGAUAACAAUUGAGCCACCUGCACAGCCUGUGGGAAUCAACUUAGUUAGUGUCCAUUCCAGUCCUAAUGACCAGAUGUUGUGGGCAAUUGACAACAAGUGGAAUGUCUAUGUCCGAGUUGGAAUCACUGAGGAGAUGCCUGUGGGAACUGAUUGGGAACAUGUGCCAGGAUUACAGGCCUCUCAUCUAGCUGUGAGUACAAGGACAGUUUGGGCACACUGUGCGAAUGGUGAUGUGGCCCGACGAUACGGCAUCACUGACAAGAACCCUGCAGGAGACUACUGGAAGAAAAUCCCUGGGAAUAUGUCAUGUUUGACAGUGACCCCUUUAGAUGAACUAUGGGCUAUUGGCCCACUAGGGUAUCUUCUCCAGCGUCUUACAAAGACCUUCAGCCACUCCCACAUCUUGCAGAAAACGGGCAGCACUUCAGUCUUACUUCAUCCUGAUGACUUUGAAGAUGAAUGGGAAGUUAUCUGAAGAGACUUUUGUGAAGGAUUUCUCGGGAAUUCCUAUAAUUGGCACAACUGGUUUAGUCAGCUCCCUUUUGACAUGUUCCCUAUAACAUCUGACCGUCCAUCCCAAGUGAAUCUACAUGUUUCAGUAUUUCUUUGGAAGCCAACAACUGUGGCAAACUGAAAUUAAACUCUUAAUUGUAGCAGCUCAUUCUGAACCAUUAACUCAGUUAAUCUCAUUAGUUGUGACAACAGCUACUUUUCAACCUCAUUCACACUAACAUCUAUAAAUAUGUAGUAUCUUUGUGAGAGGGACUUCUGUUGUGUUCAACACAUUGUCAGCAAAUCUCAUUGUUGGAUAAAGUGAAAUUAUCUUAAGUUCUUGUCAUCAAAAAUUCAGGCUAGGCUGCAACAUAAUGUCUGUGUACAUUAGAUGAAAUUUCAAAUCUUCAGCACCAACAAGAAUUAGUAAAUGUAGAUAAUGAAGUAGAGUUUGUUGGGUUUUUUUCCCCCCAAAAUGAUGGAUUAGGACCAGCAUGAUCACUUUCCUGUUAUAAACAUGUAAUGGCCCCAGGGCUAAAUGGAGGAUCAGGUUAAUGCUCUUCGACCAUCACAGCUUGUUCAGAUAAUGGCUUCAAUUACUCUCAUAGGAGUUGAUUCUCCUCCUCUCAGGCAGACACUCAGAGCUGUUGCAAAAUUGAUGAUCUCAACUCCAGAAACUCCAGAGGGGGCAGUAGGUGGAGAUUAAGUGCAGCAGGCUAGGAUGAGUGAAUGGACUCACACAAAGGCCCAGGAUGGUGUUCUCCCUGACUGCACUCAGGGCAAAGUAGUGGUCUUCUCAUUCCCAUAAUAUAAGGCAAUUGAAAGUAAUAAUAGUUAAGGCACAUAGAUGAAAAUGAGAUACACAAGUGUAUGUAGAUGCUUGAGAUGUAUCCCAAAAGCUGAGUUAGUGAUGAGAUGGGGAGAUGUUAUCACUACUGGGAGUAUAGCUAUGUUAGCUAAAUUUAGCAGUGUCUUUAAAGUUAUAUUUAACACAUGUUGCCUGUGGGCUAGAUGAAAACAGGCAACAUCCUCAGUCAAUUAAUCAUUGCCAUUCUUUUGGUUUUUCUAUAAGCCUCUCUGAGAUACCUCAUUCUUUAAAAAUCAGUACUAAAGAUAUAGAAUAAAACUCUUCUGUUCAAAAAUGAUAGUGGACUUUUACCCUUCUACUUUAGGUUUAUCUUGAGUCUGUGCUCCCUUAUCAGCCUUGGAAGGAGCCAGUUUUAAGAAGGGCAAGGGGGAGCUCAGCAUCGUGCAGUCAGCCUCGAGAGAAGGGUCUUGUUAUCCUCACCACUAGGCCUCUACCUGGGCAGCAGGCCACUCCCCAUUCAGAUCCACACAUCAGCACAGUGAAUCUACAGAAAUGUUAACAGUCCUUCAGCAUGAAUUCUUGGGAGCUGCUCCCUAGCAUCUGCCCACCCCAGCCAAACUUUAUGGUAGCCUCAUGUCCCUUGUAGAGCCAGAGUCUCUGCUCUUCCCUCUCCCUCCACCUUUGAAAGUAUCGGUAAACACUAAUCCCAACCAAGUGAGAGGCUUUUUGUUGUUUAUGAUUUGGGGCCAGGUCUUCAGCCCAUCCCUCGACACCUAUUUUAUGUAAGUGUGUCAGGAUGUAUGGGAGUCACGCUGUUGAUUGGUGGAGGUACAACCCUAAGGUAUAUACAGAACGACCCAGUCACAGAGAAAGGAGUUUUGUGUUAACAAUUGAGGAAGAAUCUAAACCAGAGGUGUCAGACAUGUGGCCCAAUCCCUAAUGCUUCCAGAACCAGAUUUAAAUGUAACUGGGAAAUGUUUAACAAAAUAAAUAAAAAUACAGUAAAACAAAGAUAAUGUUAGUUUGUGGUUUUCUAAGUCAGUAUGCAAUCCACAGGGAUCCAUUUCUAUUUGAGUUUGACACCACUGGUCUAAAAGAUUCUUUAAUGAGGACACUUUUAUAUAAUACUUUGUAUUAUAGCCCCAGCCCAGGUGCAAGUUCUGUGCUAUAUUAUAUACUGUGCCUUGCUUGGUUCAUAAUGGAUAUGGAAGCCCUUAAGUCAUGGAACUUUUAGUGCAAUCCAAAUUGAGUCUGGUUAAUAAUUAUAAAAGUCCUCUGGCUUCAUUGCUCUAAAUAGAAUUUUUAUUUGGGUUUUAACUUUUGCUUGUGUUUUGAGAGUGCAAUAAACUAGACUUUUUCAAAA